AUGGCGGACGUUGAAAUGAAGGAGGCAGAGACCUCUUCCAGCAAGAGCAAAGCUGUUGCCAAGGGUGCCGACUCAUCCAGCGACAAGAAGAAGUUCGAAGUGAAAAAGUGGAACGCCGUCGCUCUCUGGGCCUGGGACAUUGUCGUCGACAACUGCGCCAUCUGUCGAAACCAUAUCAUGGACUUGUGCAUCGAGUGCCAGGCGAACCAAGGAUCAACAACUACGGAGGAGUGUACUGUCGCCUGGGGAAUCUGCAACCACGCAUUCCACUUCCACUGCAUCUCGCGAUGGCUGAAGACCCGACAAGUUUGCCCGCUCGACAACCGAGACUGGGAGUUCCAGAAGUAUGGACGGUAA